AUGCCAGAACGUGGGGAAAUUCAGGCUGGACAAAGGGGAGGAGCCCUUCCUGUCCAAGAAUGUGAGGCCCCAGCUCGGCCAGAAGGCCCUGCACCAGUUCAGAUGCAACAGAACCAGCCAGAACCUCACCCUAUUCCACAGGAUCAACCUUUGGCACUUCUGCCUGAGCCACCAGCAGUGUUGCCUUAUAGACCCAGAAGGAUGGAUCCCAAUCCAUUCCCUCCACCUGCAAGAGGCAGAAGAGGUGGAAGGGGUAAUAACCUUUUCGCCAACAAUGACAGGAACAGGCUGGGGGCAAACUGGAGGAAUAAUCCAAAUUUGGAAGAACAGGAAGAACACAGGGAGAAAGUUCUGCCCAGGCCAUACAAAGCGGAGCCCAGGAUUGAUCACGCCCAGCCAGAACAGGAGCGAAAUCACCACCCUGUCAAUGCUCUAAAUGACGUGGGGGCAUUACAAAUGAUGAUUAGAGAGAUUGGAGCCUGA